AUGAGGCUGGACCGAUUGCACAUGUUGAUAUUAUUCUUAUUUCUUCCUAAUCGUAACGCCAUCGCCUCGAUUAAUAAGAGAAUCGUUCUGACACAACCCACUGUAAUUUUGGUCUCGUACGAUGGUUUCCGGUGGGACUACAUGGCGAAAGUUCAUACUCCGAAUUUGAAUUUUAUCGCAAGUAAUGGCAUCAAAGCGAAACACCUUAUCAAUACCUUUGUUACCAAGACAUUCCCGAAUCAUUUCACGUUAGUUACAGGACUUUAUGAGGAAAGCCACGGGAUCGUAGCAAAUACGUUUUUCGAUCCUGUUUUCAACGACACUUUCUACUUAGAUGCGGUGUCAAAGCAUUACUUGGAUUCAAAAUGGUGGAACGGAGAACCGGUGUGGAUCACGAAUCAAAAAGCUUUUAAGAAAAGUGCUGUGCUGUUUUGGCCUGGUUCAGAGGUGAAAAUAGAAGGCCAAUACCCUACACACUAUUUACCCUAUAGUCGGUCACUUUCCUUCGAGAAACGAAUAGAUUAUUUAUGUACAAUGUUAGAGCAGGAUGAUCCUCCAAGCUUUUUGGCCGCUUAUUUUAACGAGCCAGAUCACAGUGGGCAUAAAUUUGGCCCUAAUUCACCAGAGAUUAAAAGUGUUAUUCGUAGAAUGGAUAAUGUCACUGGAUAUCUGUUGGAAAGUUUACGAAAUCGCGGAUUGUUGAAUCAGGUAAGAUCUAAGCUUAAAUAAUAACCAAAUCAAUCAGUUUACUGUGAAAGGUUGACAUCAGCUGACGACAAUUGUGUCAUCAACAAUUAUGUACGCGAUGAUGACGUUUAUUUAAGCUUGAUUACACUUAUGGUGUGGCAUCACGGAGCCCUUUCCCUCCUUAGCAUUGUCUGCUGCUGGCUUGUGUCACAAACAAAACUAAAUCUCGUAUUAUGAUAUGCAUGCAGCAAUUUUACUUGUAACCAUCCCCCCCAGGCACACCCGUGGGGAUUUGCAAUAUUUUUCUUUCCUAGAGGUCUAUUCCCCACUCCCGGGCACGCAGAAAGAGACAAUUCCCCACCCCCGAGCUUCUGAUCAACCACAUAUACAUUUUUUGCUACAUCCGUUGAUGCAUACAAAGGGAAAUCGACCUGUUUUCACAAGUUUUAUGAACGUUUUCCUUGAGGGAAGGAUAACGGAUGACGUAACGUAGUUAAAACAUAAAAACUAAAUUUGAAAACAAGAACAAAGAAGAAAAAACUCCUUAAAAAGAGAACACUUCAUGAGAACACUGGACUGAAUCACUGUUUCUCUAUAUAUAUAUGUCACUAGUAAUAGUUGACACUACAGCUGCCCCUGUUCGGUAUAUUGCCGGUCAAUAGUAUUCUUGCUCGUUGUGUAGCUCUUUGAAAUAUACCAAUUCAUAAGGAAGAUUAUAUUCCACACAAUAGGUGAGAUAAAUACAGGAAAUGCAAGGUUCCAUGCACAGUUUCAGGUUGAUUUACACAGCUUUGAUCAAAACAUUCUCAGUUUCGAGAAUAGUUUAUUCUAAACCAUAAGAAAAGAUUUAAUAAGAAGUUGAAUUUUUUGCUAUUUCUCUUUCACUUUUUACAUUCAGUUCAUUUUAUUUGCCGGAAAGGAAGCCUUAGAAAUUGAAAGGAGGUUUGAUCAAUUCACACUCACGCAUUCUAGUCUUAUUUUAAAGUUUUAUAGCAGAAGGUCAUCCGUGAGCAGGGAAUAAGUCAGCACAGAAUUUGGUUGUCGGCGAAUUUCUGUAAUCGUCUAUUGAUAUGCUAGUGAGAAGCUAGCAGUUGCUGUUCACUCGUCUUGCUUAUUAAUAUUCCGGUCAAAGAGAGAGAAAGAGUGUCUGGCAAAGGUUUCCAAUGAAAGAUUUGUGAACUUGUGUCUGGCAAACUCUCCAAGUGUUUAUAUAUACACAGUUAUAUGCACCUUAUAACUUCUUCUGCGCUUAACGAGUGUCGUUAAAAUUUUGGUCCAUAACUUUCACUGAAACAACUGCUCCACAGAAUGUCACUGAUAACAUGUAACGCAAAAAAGUGUUGAAGUAUGACUGCACUAUAAAUGUCACAAAAUCUACCUAAGUGGUCCCUUGGGGAUGAUCUGUCUUUACGUCAUCCUAACCAUUUCGUACUUGCGGGCGCAAACAAUAGAAACGUCAUCAUUACCUACCGAUUCCUUGCAGCCCCAUUCAAGCAAAUCAAGAUUUUUUCUAAAUUGAGUGUUUGACUGUAUAUUUCAACUGUAAGUACUUUCCGUAAUAUACGCGCAAGUUACUAGAGUGCCUCCUCGGGAUUUCGCCUUCUGGGCGAAAUCCCUGCCGGGGCAAAAAGCCUUGUAUUCGUUUUCAUAUCAUUAUUUAAAGCUGAGCUGAAGAAAUAUUUCUUUCCUUCCUUUUUUAAAAAAUAAAAUCCAUUCAAGUAUGCAUCAUACGCACAUUUGUUUCAAGUGUUAAAACAUACCUUUAAAUACAGACUUUAUUUUGAAAAGUUAUUCCUCUCCAACCACUCUCCGACAAAUUCCUGCCAGUAAAGUUGGUUGAGAUAGGUGAAGGACAAAAAAAACAUACUGUUUUGCUCUUCAUUUGUUGUACUGGAUUUAUUCAGUUAUGAAGAGGGUGUCUUUUCGUAAAUGCUUGUGAUAUGUUAUAUAUGUGGUAAGGUGUAGUAACUCUUUACGUGUCCCAUAAGAUUAUUAUAAUUAGGUAACUCAUGGAUCUAAAUAUAGUUCCAUUGUAUCUAUAUGACCCAUUUUAGGUAAACCUUAUUAUCACAAGCGACCAUGGCAUGGCAGAUGUCAACAACUCCCGUCUUAUCCAGCUGGAUCAUUACAUUCCAUCAGACUGGUAUACUCUCAUCACUGAUCCAAACAGGGCAGACCAUCCUUCUAAUGUGUUUUUUCAUAUUCUACCCAAGAAGGGAAAGUUGAAUGGCACCUACCAAAAGCUCAAGACUGUUCCACAUCUAUAUACAUACCUCAAAGAAGAAAUACCUGAAGAGUUUCAUUACAGCCAUAACCGACGUGUCAUGCCGAUUUUCAUUGUCGCAGAAGAAGGAUGGACCAUUACAAAAAACAAGUCGAGAAUAGACAGUCGUGGUAACCAUGGCUACAGUAACCAAUUCCCUGAUAUGCACCCCUUUUUUCUUGCCCAAGGACCUGCAUUCAAAGAAGGCUUUGUUUCAGAACCAUUUGAAAAUGUGAAUAUAUACUCUCUUAUGUGUCAUUUACUGGGCAUUGAACCAGCGCCAAACAAUGGCUCAUUACAAGCAGUGCAGCAUCUGCUAAAGGAACACAAACACGAUUAUACAGUGUUGAUAGUAGUCAGUGUAAUUUCUGUUUUAGUUCUUUUGUUAAUGAGUUAUGGUAUUGUCUCAUUUUGUGUCAAAAAUCAUUGUAGAAUGAGGCAGUAUGGGCAUAUAUAUGACUUAGGAACAUCAGAAUUGUUUGAUUUGUAG